AUGUCGAACAAUAACGCCAACACUAACAACACCAAUAAUAACAACAACAAUAACAACUCAGAGGGAGAAGCAGGUCCACCAAGACCACCCUUCGGCCUCGUCACAUUACGAACACCCAGAAUAAUACAGGCACAUGUUGAGGGUGUAACGACGAUGUUUCUUAUCGGGGAAAUCGCUGAUGCCAUGAACACACAGCUAGUACCCGAAUUUGAGAGCUUCGAAUUUGAGGAGGAGCACUCCGACCACGGCUCAGGAUCCAGCAAGUCCGACGCCGACACCCCCGAAGAGCUACUCUGCAACAUCUGCGGCCGCCGGCGGGAGUGGAUCCGUUACGUCAUGUGCGGGCAUCGGGCGUGCGCCAGCUGCACGAAGAAGUUGUGGUGGUCGAGGAUUAAUAGACCGGAUAGAGCGAGGGAUCCGUGGCCGACUUCAAUUCCGUGUCCGUUCUGCAGGGCCGAGGUGACGGCGGUCAUUGAUGAGAGGGAAGAUUCGGUGGAGGGUGUUUAUUCGGCGGUAAGUGUUCCGGGGGCGCCUGUUGUUGCAGGAGAUACUACUGGGAUUGCUGCAGGUGAUGGUGGUACUGCGGUUGCGGCUGCGGCUGCGGCUGGUGGGGGUGAACGGGGGAUGCUUAUUGUGGACUGGAUGUUGAUGAGGUCGAAGGACGCAUUAUGGAAGUUGCAGCUUGAGAUUGCGGAGCGUGCAGCAGCGGCGGGCGGCGGUGGAGCUACAGAUAAUGGUGAAGGACGUGCUGGUGGAGCAUGGCAUGAUAUUGGGGACUUGGACUGGAAUGAAUUCUUUUUUGAAUAG